CUCGGUAUUACGACGACUCUAGAAAUCAGCUAAUUGCCAAACUCCAGGUAGGAUUUGCGGCAACGAUUUGACUGGGUGUACUACAAUGUGUAACGGAGCAUGCUCACGUAUAUGUUUACCUCUUGCUUGACCGUCCCCGAACUUACAGUAAUAAUUAAUAACAGCGUAGUUGCAGAUUAUAUACCAAGGCGGGGAGAGGAGGUUUCGCUUUAGCGAACCUAUUUAUAUCUACCUGACAGUAGGUAUACGGUGCGUCGUAAGCACCGGGGCUGUUCAGCGUUAUCUCGGUCAAUAGCUCCGAUCGUGAGGAAUAAUAAAACGCCCUGCCCGGCUUCGUUGUACGCCGGAACAAUAUACUACCGGAGAGAGGCCUUGUCGUCGAGCAGUUUCACCCGAAUAGUCCAACUCCUCGGACCGUCUCUCGCACCUCCAGAGAUGACGCCCCCGAUCACCUGGAGCCUUGGACUAUCCGGGAUACGCGACGUAGCCAGCAAAGCCAUCCGCGUCGUCCUCCUCGGGCAGCCCGGCGUCGGAAAGACGGCGCUGGCGGUAAGAUUCGCAACGCGCCGAUUCAUCGGAGAGUACGACUGCACUACGGAGAGGAUCUACAAGUUUACAGACGCGGCAACUGGCUCGUGGGAAAUUGCCGAUCCCUCGGGAUAUCCGCCAGCACCUACAGAGCCAAAACUGCGAUGGGCAGACGCGAUACUAAUCGUCUACUCCAUCAGCGACCGCGUCAGUUUCGACGAGACUUCGCGGCUGAGAUUUUUGGUGACCCAUGCGAGACGGGGACGGAAGGUGCCACCGGUGGUCUUGCUGAUCGGGAACAAGUCGGACCUGGCCGCUUCUCCGGGUGAGAGGAUGGUGUCCGCCUGGGAGGGUCGUCGUCGCGCCGACGACAUCGAGGCCCAUGGUUUCUACGAGAUAUCGACGAGAGAGUCCGUCGACCAGGUCACUGUCAUGUUCUCCGACGUCUCGAGGCUCGUCGCGGAGGCCGCAGCCGGCGGUUCUGUCCAGGGAAAUCCUUUCCGGGUAAGAGCUUCCACCGACGGGUCCAUCAACGCCCUAAGAAGACCUCCGGUACCGCCGCCAGGGCGAAGGCUUAGCAUCUCUGCACGCGGUGCACCCCCUUAGCAUCUUUCACAGAUACUCCAGAAUCGCGAAUUUUUAUCUAUUUUUUUUUUUUAACGUAUACGAUGUAUUAUUGUUUUGCAAGACAUGUUACACGUGAGAGAUGCACACUCUGAUAUACGUCUGCGAUGUGUACGCAAAGUUGUGAGUAUGUAUAGAUAUGUAAAAGACGCCAUGUAUGUAUGUAUAUGUAUGUAUCGUAAAUAAAACGUAUAUGGAUGGGUUUUAAAAUUGAAUCUCUUGAUUAAAAAAAUUCUUUCAAGCCUCGACAUAAGGUCUACGUAUAGUAUGUAUAUUAUCCCUAUCAGGCUCGUGCAACUGUGAAUAACCGCGUGGGAAUUUAUCGGAUCGUACGGUUGCAUGCAAAGUGUACUGCAAAUAUAGUGACAUUCGUGCAACGAACGGCUGAUCCGUAACGUGACUUGUAUGAAGUAUGAAAAAAUUUCGCAUGUUCGACGGAUCGUCUCAAUUUCUUAUCGUUUUCACGAAGUGAUGUUUCAUCAGACAUAUUUUAACGGGCUUGUUAAAA